AUGGGUGGCUACCUUGAUCAGGAUGCACCUGCACCACCCACUGGUCCUACAGCUCCUGCUGAGACGGCUGAGGCAUGGCAUCCUUUCCAGUCUCGCACGGAGUUCGACUUUGCAUACCACCACUACGUCAAAGCUGAGAGCUCAGCAAGCGAAAUCCAGACCCAGCUCGACUUUUGGUCUGCAAUUUGCGCUCCGCUUGGCUCGACACCUCGCUGGCAGAAUGAGAAAGAUAUGUACAGGACGAUCGAUAAGGUUCAAGUCGGCGGUGUGCCUUGGCACGUCUACAAGAUCCGAUACCAAGGCCCCAUUCCCGCCAAUUCCCCCCCGAAAUGGAUGACGCAAGCGUAUGAACUAUGCGUUCGAGACGCACGUGCUGUUGUUCAUGAGCAGCUCCGGUCCUCAGAUUUCAAGGACCAGAUCAGCUAUCUGCCUUACCGGCACUUCAACCACCAUGGGAAGCGAGUGUUCUCGAACCUCAUGUCCGGUGAAUGGGCAUGGCAGCAAGCAAAUACCAUUGCAGAGGAUCCCGAAACCCACGGAUCCAUGUUUGUCCCAAUUGUCGCUGGCAGCGACAAGACGACCGUUUCAGUCGCGAGCGGUCAUCAAGAAUAUCACCCCGUCUAUAUGUCCCCUGGUAACCUUACAAACACAGCCCGCCGUGGGCAUGGCAGUGCUGUCCUACCGGUAGCUUUCCUGCCAAUCCCCCGUGCAAAGCGCCGUCAGCGCGAGAAGCCCGAGUUCAAGCGAUUUUGCCGGCAGCUCUAUCAUGAAGCUCUCCGCAUCACAUUUGCGCCGCUUGCUGCACAUAUGAUAACACCCGACAUUGUCAAGUGCCCAGAUGGGCAUUUCCGACGGGCUAUCUACGGUUUAGGUCCAUACAUAGCGGAUUACCCUGAACAGGUAUGGCUAUCCGCUGUCGUGUCCAACUGGUGCCCCAAAUGCGAUGCGAAGCCGUCGGACCUUGACUCACCAGAUGCGACUCGAAGGAGUCGAGAGAAAACGGAUGCGUAUUGUUCAAGACUCGAGACUAAAGUACUCUGGACCGACUUUGGUAUCCGUGAUGAUUAUCGCCCAUUCAUGCAUUCUUUUCCGCGCGCGGACAUUCAUCAACUGCUCGCGCCCGACCUCCUUCACCAGGUGAUCAAGGGUACAUUUAAGGACCACGUCGUGGAGUGGGUAAACCAGUAUAUUUUAUUGGAGUACGGACGCGUUGAGGGUGAAGCCAUUAUUGAUGACAUAGAUCGCCGAAUUAGUGCAGUACCUCCGUUUCCUGGAUUACGUCGUUUCCCGGAUGGUCGUGAUUUCCACCAAUGGACCGGGGAUGACAGCAAAGCGCUCAUGAAGGUAUACCUACCUGCAAUCGCCGGCUACGUCCCAUCCGACAUGGUCAAAUGUCUUCGCGCAUUUCUCGAGUUCUGUUACACAGCCCGCCGGAAUAGCAUUUCCGCUGAUGACCUGACCAGGCUUCAAGCCUCCCUGGAUGAUUUCCACCAUUAUCGCCAAGUUUUCAUCGAAACCGGCGUUCGCAUGGACACGAUCUCACUACCCCGCCAACAUGCUCUCUCACAUUACAUCCGCUCGAUCACCCUGUUUGGCUCCCCGAAUGGUUUAUGUUCGUCAAUUACAGAAUCGAAGCAUAUUGUGGCUGUGAAGAAGCCGUGGCGCCGGUCCAGCCGGUAUCAUGCAUUAAGCCAGAUGUUGACAAUUAACCUGCGAAUCGACAAGCUCCGAGCGGCUCGUGAGGUGUUCGCCCAGCGUGGGAUGAUGGAGGGAACUACGGCAAGCUACGAACAUUUCAUACUCAGUGGUGGAGUCCCCGCCCCUCCCGCUCCACCCCCACAGGCUGAAGACCCCGAUGAUGACGAUGAGAGCCCCAUCGCUGGUCCAAAAGUUCUCUCCUCAAUUGAAUUGGCUCGACGUCGAGCAUUCGGCUAUCCACGCUACCUCGCCCAAGUUACCGACCAUGUCGGCCAUCCUCGACUCCCCGAGCUCAUCCAACGCUUUCUGUACGACCAGUUGAACCCCAACUGCUCUGACGACGAACCCCCACCCCUUCAUAGGUGCCCUACAUUUAGCGGCCGAGUCGACAUAUUCCACUCAGCCGUCGCUCGGUUUUGGUCUCCGAGCGACUUCUCCGGCAUCGGCGGAAUGCGACGUGAACGUAUAAGAAGCCAUCCCAACUGGCGUGGAGAAUAUGAUCGGCGCGACACGGUUUUCAUUGACACCAACGCCGACGAGUCAGGAAUGCGGGGUAUGAUGGUAGGUCGUGUCUUUCUGUUCUUCUCGUUUAAGUACGACACCACUACGUACCGCUGCGCCCUCAUCCAGUGGAUGGUCCCGGCAGGUGACAGACCAGAUGAGGAUACAGGCCUAUGGGUUGUCCGGCCCGAAUUCCUGAACGGUCGGGCUAAUCUCGCUGUUAUUUCAUUGGAUUCUAUUUCGCGCGCUGCUCAUCUGAUUGGUACUUACGGUCGUGCACCCAUUCCCGAAGACCUUGAAUUUCACCAGUCUUUAGACGCAUUUCGUGCAUUCUACGUUAAUCGUUAUGUUGAUCAUCAUUCGCACGAGUUUUUACAAGGAGACGAGUAG